GGCAACAACAGAGGGGACGCAGAGAUUUGAGGAACAGAAGACAAGAGAAGAGGAAGGAAGGAAUCCUCUUAGAAUCCUCAUCUGUUCUUCUCAGAGAAGGAAACGCUCAUCCUUCCUGCCUUGUUCGUCCCCUUGUGUUACUACUCUCAGCUGAUCUGGAUCUCCUCCUCCCCACAGCCUUUUGGAGAAACACUGAAAACUGAAAGAUGCAGGAGAAGGUGCAGGAGAGGACGGCAGAGAUGAAGCGAUGACUAACAUGCAUGAUGGGGUUGUGUGUGUGGCGGAUGCUUGUGUGCGUGUCUGCGAGACCCCUAUGGCUUUAACUGUAUGGAAUCUGGCCCUUUUGGUUGGCAUGGAGAUGGAUGCGAGGUGCCUUCUUGCUUAGUAAAUCACUGCUAGCAAACAAACACUUUUUUUUUAGUCUACACUCUGUGUCGUCUGGUGAGUGUAACAGCUUUGUGUGUCUUUCUUUUCUAAUCUCAAGCCAUAAAACUGAUUGAGGAAAAGCAGGCUUUUCUCUAACUCUGGAUUGAGUGUCACUUAGCAGGUUGAGCACAUAGGGCCUGACUGAUCCCCCCAUAGAAAGAAACUCUGGAAGCCUGCUUGCCUGCUUGUGAUUUUGCAGUGAUUUCGGGACCUUGUUACAGCUCAGCUCUAAUUAAGCCAGAGGCAAGCAAGCUGGUGCCUUCCCAUUUAUGUUUUGCCUCCUUUCAGUCUCUCUUUCCCCUCCCUCUGUCCACCCCCUGAGGCCUCAUCGUCAUCAUUAAUUUCUAUUGCAAGCUGCACAUGAAUAAUGGAAGGAGCAGAGUUUCCUCUGGACUAGUGCCUUAGGGGUGGGAGGCAAACGGAGGAGGACAGAUGAAGAGACUGGAGAGUCAGAAACCAGAAAAAAGGAGCUGAGCGCCUCACUGUACACUCUGGGAAACUGAGGGGUGUGUCCAGUGCUGAAUAAAUGAAUGGAACAUGCAGGGAAGAUACGGAGGAUGAGCUUUCACCAUUCUCUACAACAAGUUUGAAUACACACAAGAGAUAAAGAAAUGGAAGACAUCAACAUUAGACCAGUCUUCUGUGCUUUUAUUUUCCCUCCACAGUUAGUAUAACAGCCUUGGAUUUUGUAUAUAUAUAUAUAUCUAUAUAUACACACACAUAUUUUUAUCCACCUUAUUGACUGAAUCCCAUCUAUUUGGCACUGAAACCUGAAACCGAUCACCUCAGUGAAGUCUCAGAGAAAAAACAGGACUCGUAAAGCUUCUGAUUGAAAUGGAAAACGAUGACAACCUGAUGAGUAAAGGCUUGACGGACAGUAAAGAAGGGUGGAGGCUCUGAUCUCACCUCUUCCAUAUGGACAGACUUCCUAGAACGUGCCUGAACUUUGUUGCUUUGAAAACAAAAGAUACCUAACCUCGCAUUAUCAUGGAUGACUCAAGUAUUUUGAGACGCAGGGGCCUGCAGAAGGAACUGAGCCUUCCCAGAAGAGGCAGCUUUUGUCGGGCAAGCAACAGGAAGAGCCUGAUUGUCACGUCCAGCACUUCACCCACCUUGCCACGACCACACUCACCUCUGCAUGGACACACAGGGACCAGCCCACUGGACAGUCCUCGCAACUUCUCUCCCAACACAGCUGCACACUUCUCCUUUGUUCCUGCUCGCAGCCAUGGACACAGGGCUGACAGGACGGAUGGCAGACGCUGGUCUCUCGCUUCAUUGCCUUCCUCUGGAUAUGGCACCAACACUCCCAGUUCCACUGUCUCGUCCUCCUGUUCAUCCCAGGAGAAGCUGCACCAGCUGCCCUUCCAGCCCACACCUGACGAGCUGCACUUCCUUACCAAACACUUCAGCUCUGAGAGCAUCACAGAUGAGGAGGGACGACGCUCCCCCGCCAUGAGACCACGGUCCCGCAGCCUAAGCCCUGGGCGCUCUCCUGUGUCCUUUGACCAUGAGAUUAUGAUGAUGAACCAUGUGUACAAGGAGAGAUUCCCAAAGGCGACAGCUCAAAUGGAGGAGCGUUUGGCCGAGCUGCUUGCCUCCUCGGCCCCAGAGAAGAUUUGCCCAUUGGCCGAUGGGGUCUUGAGCUUCAUUCAUCAUCAGCUUAUAGAGUUGUCCAGAGACUGCCUGGAGAAAAGCAGAGAGGACCUCAUCACUUCCCGCUACUUCUACGAACUCCAGGAGAAUCUGGAGAAGCUGCUGCAAGAUGCUCAUGAGCGUUCUGAAAGCAUAGAGGUUACCUUUGUCACACAACUUGUCAAGAAGCUGAUGAUCAUAAUCGCCCGGCCCGCACGUCUGCUCGAGUGUCUGGAGUUUGAUCCUGAGGAGUUCUACCACUUGUUGGAAGCAGCUGAAGGCCAUGCAAAAGAAGGCCAGGGCAUUAAGUCUGACAUUCCCCGAUACAUCAUCAGCCAGCUGGGCCUCACCAGGGACCCUCUGGAGGAAAUGACUCAGCUCAGCAGCUAUGAUAGUGGAAACCCAGAAACCCCAGAGACAGAUGAUUCAGUUGACACUCGAGUAGCCACAGUCCCAGCAGGAUCACCACAGACUAAAGCCAAAACCCCUCGAGAGGAGGACUUUGAAAAUAUCAAGCUCAUCAGUAAUGGAGCCUAUGGGGCUGUGUUUCUCGUACGUCACAAGGAGACCAGGCAACGAUUUGCUAUGAAGAAGAUCAACAAGCAGAACUUGAUCCUGAGGAACCAGAUCCAGCAGGCCUUUGUAGAGCGAGACAUACUAACAUUUGCUGAGAACCCCUUUGUUGUCUCAAUGUUCUGUUCUUUCGAGACCAGGAGACACUUGUGCAUGGUGAUGGAGUAUGUGGAGGGUGGCGACUGUGCCACACUCCUGAAGAAUAUCAGAGCCUUGCCUGUGGAUAUGGCCCGUAUGUACUUUGCUGAAACUGUCCUCGCCUUAGAAUAUCUUCACAAUUAUGGCAUCGUGCACAGAGACCUCAAGCCUGACAAUCUUCUCAUCACAUCUAUGGGACACAUCAAGCUGACGGACUUUGGCCUCUCUAAAAUCGGUUUGAUGAGUUUGACCACAAAUCUGUAUGAAGGACACAUAGAGAAAGACACCAGAGAGUUUCUGGAUAAACAGGUUUGUGGCACUCCAGAGUACAUCGCCCCCGAGGUGAUUCUCCGUCAGGGCUACGGCAAGCCGGUGGACUGGUGGGCAAUGGGAGUCAUCCUGUAUGAGUUCCUGGUGGGCUGCGCUCCCUUUUUCGGAGACACUCCGGAGGAGCUCUUUGGUCAGGUUAUCAGUGAUGAGAUCAUCUGGCCUGAGGGGGAUGAAGCUCUGCCUCAGGAUGCACAGGACCUUAUUUCCAAGCUGCUAAGACAAAAUCCUCUGGAGAGACUGGGCACAGGAAGUGCCUUUGAGGUGAAGCAGCAUCAAUUCUUCACAGAUCUGGACUGGAACAGCCUGCUAAGACAGAAAGCCGAGUUCAUCCCCCAACUGGAGUCAGAGGAUGACACCAGUUACUUUGACACUCGUUCUGAUCGCUACCACCACGUGGAUUCCGAGGAGGAGGAAGAUACCAAUGAUGAAGAACAUGUAGAGAUACGACAAUUCUCCUCCUGUUCGCCUCGCUUCAGCAAGGUGUACAGCAGCAUGGAACGUUUGUCUCUGCAUGAGGAAAAGAGGACACCUCCUCCCACCAAACGCAGCCUCAGUGAGGAGGGAGGAGAUCGCAUCGACAGCCUGAGUGGACUCAAGUCCAGAGAUCGAUCUUGGAUGGUGGGAUCUCCGGAGAUCCUGCGGAAGCGUUUGUCAGUCUCUGAGUCUUCCCACACAGAGAGUGAUUCAAGCCCGCCCCUGACAGUCAGGAGACGCUGCUGCUCUGCUAUCAUUGAGAUGCCGCGCUUUGCUAUCUCUUCAGAGGAGGAAGGAGGCCAAGGGCAAGGUGCACUUGGAAGUCGAAAGAGUCCCAGCCUGCUUGGCCCAAAUGCAGUGAGGGGCCUGCGAUGUGACGAGCUGCCCCUCGCCAUCCCAGAGCUUCCAGUGGAAAGAGAGCUGAAGCUCGACGAGUCUCCCACCACACCAAGCUCCACCUCCAGCCAACUGAGCAGAGCCACACUCACUCCAGGCAGUUCAGGCGAUGCGUGCGAACGUGCCAACAGCAGUAACGGUGCUGCCAGCGGAGGUGCCAAAGCUGCAGCAGACAGCGACUCUCCCUCCAUUCCAAAGGCCACCAGUGACUUGGCAGCUCGUAGGGCUCGCCAUCGCAUGCUGUCUGGAGAUGCAGACAGACACGCAAUAACCAGGCCACUCAACAAGGUCAUCAAGUCGGCCUCGGCUACAACUCUGUCGCUGAUGAUUCCUGCAGACCAUCAUGGCGCCUCGCCAUUGGCCAGCCCGAUGUCUCCCCACUCACUGUCAUCCAAUCCAUCAUCACGAGACUCUUCACCAAGCCGGGACCUGUCUCCAGCUGUGACUAAUGUCAAACCUGCCAUCAUCAUCCACAGAGCUGGAAAGAAGUAUGGCUUUACUCUGAGAGCCAUCCGAGUGUACAUGGGUGACUCUGACAUCUACACUGUACAUCACAUGGUCUGGCAUGUGGAGGAAGGUGGACCGGCCCACGAGGCAGGGCUCAGAGAGGGUGACCUGAUCACCCAUGUUAAUGGGGAGCCGGUCCAUGGCCUGGUUCACACAGAGGUAGUGGAGCUUAUUCUAAAGAGUGGUGCAAAAGUGUCCAUCUCUGCAACCCCGUUUGAGAACACCUCCAUCAAAGUCGGCCCUGCUCGAAAGACUACCCACAAAUCCAAGAUGGCAAGACGAAAUAAGAAAACCAAGAACAAGGAGGGACAGGACAGUAAGAAGAGGACAUCUCUUUUCCGGAAAAUCACCAAACAGGCAUCUCUCCUCCACACUAGCCGCAGUCUGUCCUCUUUAAACCGCUCACUGUCUUCAGGGGAAAGUGGCCCCGGCUCACCAACACACAACCUGUCACCUCGGAGCCCAACACAGGGCUACAGGUCCACGCCAGACUCCACGCAUUCAGUUGGUGGGAACUCUUCCCAGAGCAGUUCACCCAGCUCGAGUGUCCCAAACUCUCCUGCAAGCUCCGGCCACAUUCGACCCAGCUCCUUGCAUGGACUUGCCCCAAAGCUCCAGCGCCAGUACCGCUCCCCUCGGCGCAAGUCAGCUGGCAACAUUCCCCUCUCCCCUCUGGCCCGUACACCUUCUCCCACCCCUCAGAGCAGCUCUCCUCAGCGCUCUCCUUCACCACUCUCCAGCCACACUCUUGGCCAGUCCGCCAUGGGUCAGUCAUUCCCUGUGAAGCUCCACUCCUCUCCUCCUCUGGUGAGGCAGAUAUCCAGACCCAAGAGUGCAGAACCUCCACGUUCUCCGCUCCUCAAGAGGGUGCAGUCAGCUGAGAAACUAGCAGCCUCUCUCACUAACUCUCCUUCAUCUUCGGGCAUGGCAGCAGCAGCAGAAAAGAAGCUGGCAGUUGGAGCGGCUGUGGGGAGCCGUAAACACAGCCUUGACAUCUCGCAUUCUGAGUUUAAGAAGGAGAUUCUGCAGAGGGAGCCGAGCUUACAGAGCCUCCAGGAGUCAUCCAGCGAGGGUCUGCUGUCUUCAGCAGGACGCGGCGUGGAGAAAGGCAGUCUGCACAAACACUCUUCUUCAUCCAGGAAGUUAGGGCGGCAGGAAGGAGAUGGCACACUCGGUGUGGUGUCUGGCUCGCUGGGUCUGUCAGCAGGGAAGAGCAAGCUGAAGGACAAACUGUCAGCCAUCAGGCAAGACAGAGCUGAGCGAAGAGAGUCUCUGCAGAAGCAAGAUGCCAUCCAUGAGGUGGAUUCAUCUGAGGAUGAGACAGACGAAGGCUCAGAGGACAGCCAGGAUGGACGCAGGGGGAAUAUGUCCACUCCACCUCCUCUUCUGAGACCCACCACUGUGAGAACAGGUCCUGGAGGCACGCUGCCAUCCCUUUGCCUCUCCCCCUGCACUCCUCACGCUACAUUCAGUCAUACAGGGCCCUCUCAGGUAGGCAGACCCAGCCACUCGCACACUUUACCACCUGUUGCAGAGACUAAGCCCAGUCAGACUCCCUGCUCUCAAGGGUCAACAGAUGGAAGCUUGGCCUCGUCCACUGAGGACGAUGCAAGACGAGAAAGGAAGGUUCUAGAGCCCAGCAGUACAACAAAUACCAUUCAGGGUCCCCUUCCUUUUUCCACACCAGGCAGUGCAUUCAUCUCAGUUAGCAAGGACACUUUUAUUAAGCCAGCUCCUCCAAAAGACUCAAAGACUAUCAUGGGAAAGACUGUACCAUCAGAACCCAGAGCAGAUGGCCAAAUGAUCGACAGAUCCAGAAUCACCACUCCCUGUACAGAGAGCUCCACAGGUACUCCAAAGACCACAGACUCCAAGACCACCUCAAGUACUGCAGAGUGCCAAACCACUGACACCCGCGAUACUGCUCGCACUUCUUGUUCAUCUCCAGGCAUCCCUAAGGAGAAGAAGGAGGCUGACAAUCGGAGACUGUGUGCAGCUGCUGCUGCAAGUCUCAGCACCUCACCUUCAUCCACUUCCAGCUCUAAUUCAAGUUCAGGAUCCCUAGUUCCCACUUCUGAAAGUGGGGUUGACAAAGUUGUGUCCCAGCUCGCAACAGUAGCUAAAAGUGUUCUGGGUCCAGUCAAAUUCAACACCAAGGAGCAGAAACCAUCCAGAGGUGGCGCCUCAGAAGUCCCACCUGCUGACCCUGUCCCUUUCCCCUCCAAACAGGUCUCGACCCUUCAGUCACCUCAACUCUCCCCAAACAGGCAGAAAACUCAAUGUGUUGCUUCACCAACCACCACCAACCACAUGAGACCAGCCAAAUUGACCACCCCAGCUUCUCACCCUCGAUCCUGCACAGAUGUUCCAGAAAGGCAAGCAUCAGAGUCUGCAGGCAGAGACAACACCGCCACCUCUGCAUUUGCACAGAGGUUCGGUACAACAGCAGCAGCAGCAGCAACUCAGUCCACUCUUAGCACAGCCCCACCCACUUCUGCAGCAACUGAGCCUCAGCGCAAGAGGUCAGACCCCCAGACGACGACAGCUACCACUGCUGCCUCGCAACAAGACAAAGCAACCAGCAAGAAGACGUAGCAGCAAACCUACCACAGUACCAGAAUACAACGUAAAGAUCACAGGGCUCAGUGUUGGCUCCAAGUUUUAAAACUUUGAAAAACUGCAUGUUCGGGAAAAAAACACAUUUACAACAUUACACUAAUCAGAAAGCAAAGUAAACGCACAGCAGGAGAGCUGAGAAGCAGAGCCAGAUGUGGUAGUCCCAGCUUUAAUCCAGCUGUUCUGUGCUCUUUAUGUUUAUCUUAUGUUCAUGUGAGUUCUUGCUUGACAGAAUGUGAUGAGGAGUUUGGGGGUCUUUGCUUUUCUGCAAACAUAUAAGGGGCUAGAAACACAGUACUGCUCAGCAGUCCAAGGAGACACUACUUUAAAAAGUACACACACACACACGCACAGCUUUUUCACUCCUCUUGUGCUGCCUCAUUAUCUCACCUUGAUGUCGAGCAGAGCCUCCACACAUGUUCCUCGAAGAGAUCAGGACGUGCCUUACUUAACGCACUCCUCUUUCUCCCUGUCUUUUCUAUUCCUCUUCACAUCACUCCUUUCUGAGCAUCCACUUAUGAUUGACAGAAAGUUGUAUCUGAGCAAUAAAGUGCAACAUUAUAUUUAGUAAUCUGUUUAAAUGCAUUUAGAAUCGUUAGUAAGAGUCAAGCAUCGUCAUUGUACAUGCAGCACCCAGCGAAAUAGGCCAAAUUCUGCUCUCACUGUGCUCCCUGUUGAUCCAACACUGUCGGUUUUCAGGACCCUCUGGGUCUGCUUCACCCUUUGCAGCCGACUGAACGUCUCUGAAACUUUUAUUCUGUUAUUGCACAGCAAAUUGUGCACCUGCUGGACAUUUUGCAGAGUUCAUCGUUUUCCUGGAUUAUUUCAGAACACACUCUGUUCCCAGUGUUUUUAAUAGUUUUAUUUCUAUCAUGCGCGGCUAAGUUUUUUAGUUUUUUUUUUUUUUUUAAACUUUAAAACUGCUUAAAAUAAGAGCAUCUAAUAAAUAAAAUGAAAACUUGCAGUGGUUUUUGCUGACUUUCUGACACACAGCUGUUGUACAGCAGCGUUGGCUCGCACUGAGUGAAGUAUUGGAGGAACAGGACAGGAAUGCGGCCAAGUCAGUGUCUCUUCAGUGUUUGAACUAAUCAUUUUCACAUAGUCUAAGCCCUGACAUGUCCUGAUUUCCAGUAGAUGUUCCCAUUCAGGGUGAAGUACAGGAUUUGUACAAAUACUGAAAUAUUGUCUCUCCCCUCUUGUUUUACCAGAUAUAUACAUCCAUACAUUGUGUCAGUUUUAGACGAUUACCUUUUCAAUACAUGUAUUCUUUACAAGGAUUGUGCCAUACUCAUAAUUUGUUGCAGGUUUUCUUAGCUGGGCUUCUGAUGUCCUUUAACUGUCUUGACCCCAUAAUCAGUGUUUGAGUAUUUUAUAUGACGUGGGAUCAGGUUUUAGGAAUGGGAAACCCUGGACGCUGCUAUUUAUAGAUGUCAGCGGCUGUCCCAUUAGGCCCUUGCUCUUUCAAAAUGGACAGUGGAUCUCACUCAUUGUGGUAUAACUGUGAUCCUCCAACUCCAUUUUUAUUUUUCUGUUCUGUGCAAAGAAACAGGGAGACAGAUUUGGUGAGUGGUCCUGGUGGUGAGAUAGGAUUGUAGAUUGCCUCUGUAUGGCACUGCAGAUGCAAAGGAUUUGAUCACGUGCCUCACUUUGAUUGACUCAGUCAUCUACAAAAACCUAAUUUAGUUAUACCAGAAUUAAAUUAAAGCAGAAACGCUCAAAGAUGCACCAUUUAAAAAUAAAAGAAUUCCAGUGGAUGUAAAGUAACAUGACCAGUUUUCACCUGAAACCCUGCUCUGCUGGGUCUCCAUCCAGUUAUUUUUGGCCCCCGUCUGCCUCUGAAGGCUGCACUGCUUUUAUUUGGUAUCAGGACCAACUCGCUGUGUUCAUCCUGUAAAGUUUUCUUUCUGUAUGACAUGAGGAGGAAUCUGUGCAUGAUCGUCUGUGUAGAAUAUUUCAAAGUAUGUUGUGUUUUAUACACUGUUUGCGUGGGUGUGUGUUCAGAAUUCCCUGCAGCCUACCUGUGUAUGUGUGCUGGGCUGUCGACAUGUCUGUGACAGGCAUGAGGCUCUGCACGAAGCAUUGAUCUCGCAUGAUUGGGAAGAAAGGCAAACUGUCACUGAAAGGAGAGCCGGUCUGGAUGUUUGACCACUGAUUCAGAGAGCUACUACUGUUUUUGCAGGUGAAGGCAAAAACUGCACUUAGCUUGUUUAAUUCAGUGAUUUUAGUGUUUUUCAUUUCUGAUGUACACUUUAAUGACGAACUGAUUUGAUCCUUAGUAUUUUUAGUUUGAUCUUUCAAAGUGAGCUCAAAGCACACAAAGCCCAACCCACAGGAUGGCCUCUUCUCGUGUGUUUAAAGUGUUUUGUGUCUUGUGUGGAGCUUAUUUCACUGCAGGGGGAGCAGCAGAGUUCAUUCGUUUCAGUUUGCAUAUUAAGGACACUGUAAAAGUGACUUUGACAGUGACUGUGGUAAUCUGUAUUAUGUUUACAUGUUGAUUAUGUUUGUUUGUGUAUAUGUGUUGGGGGGUGGGAGUGUCAAUGGAACGUCUAACAGGCUAGGAUGAUUAUCAGCAAGGUGAGCACAAUGUGAUAGGUUCAUAUUGUGUCAUGUGAUGAAGAGUUUGCAAAUGAUGGCGAUUCAGCACAUUUCUCUGCUGUCUGUGGGUUUGUCUGUGGAACGCAUCAGUGGCACGGAGCCGUUCCCCUCUGAGGAUCAGAACGCUCUGGCCGAUCUGACGAGAGUCGGGGAGUUAAUAACUUUUUGUACAUCAUCAAACUUGAACAGUUUAGUGUCAAUGAGAUUAUCCGACCAUACUGGAUGUUGUUUAUACACACAGUCCAAACCUUUUGGUUCUUUCUGUGGCAUUAUCAAGAUAAUGGUGUUGGGAGAGAGAAUAGCCUUGAGCAGAAAUCAUUCUGUGGGUAGAUUUUUAACCACUGAUUAAUUUUUAGAGCAAGUGAGCACGUGAUUGUAAGCAUGUGUAAAGAUUUGAGCCCAAAAACUGUUCUGUCUGUGGACUGAAGCAAGAAACAAGUAGUUGGAUUUAUUUUAACUAUGUUCUCAGUUUUGGAUUUUUCUGUUUACAGAAAAACUGGAACUAGAGUAGAGUCCGUUUCAACAGCAUGUUUUCAUGUAUCCUUAUUAAAAAUCUACGUUAUAUAUCAACUAACAAAUGGUGACCAAUAUCAGUCAAAUGUGAGUACUGCCGCCUCACAAAUCUGCAAAAACGGUCUUUGGCAAAGACUGUAUUCCAAUUCCAGUUAACAGACUUACGUGGAUUUGACCUCAUGGGUCAUCUGAAAGCUAGCAUUCACCAAAAGGCAUCAAAGUGAGGUUGGUGCUGGCAAGGAGCAAGCUCAUUUUGCUGUGAUUGCAAACACAAAUGUUGUAGUUUCAUCAUUUGUAAACCUCCACAGAUGACAGAUGAUAAACGUGUUGAGAUUCCAGACCACAAAAUAUAAGUGUGCUCUACAACUUCUGUUCUCAUGCGGCAGUUUUGUUCCCGAUUGACCACAGAUCGAACUGAGCAUACUGACCUGCUUAUGGUGUCCCACGUUUCGUCCCAAGUCCUGGGAUCGAUUAAAAUAUGGAAUUAUGAUUUAGUCACUGAAGAGCUUCCCUACGCUUCUGACUCACGAGCAUCACAAGGAUCGACUAGCUUUUACUAUGAGGCAUAUAGAUGAUUUAAACAUGUGACUUUGGGUAUGAUGAGGUACGAGGAGAAGCGUUAUUACCACUGAACCACCACUUCAUGAGAUUCAGUGCUGUUUCAACGUACAGCCGUUAAACUGAUAUUAAGGGAUUGUGUUGGCUCUGUAAAGCAAGAAAAAUACUUUUAUUGCCUCGAGUCUUGUAGACAAGGGCAGUAUCUCCACGCUUUGUGUUGUCUUGUAGGAGUGAUGAAGAUGAGAAAGAAGAUUUAGCUGUGUAUUGUAAAAGCUUCAGAAAGGGUUUAAGAGGGAGAGAUGGGGAAAAAAACAUUGCUAGAAUAAAAACCAGUGCAAUAUCUUUUUAUUUUUUAUUGUGGUAAAAGCAUGUUGUUGUCAAUGUUACCUUGCAACAGUAAUAAAGUUUUUUUUUCAUAAUCUA